AGAAAGGUGUAGCCUUUGUUGGGUUGGGAUGUCCCAGGGAUUUCCGCUCUCCUUUCUCGUCACCUGCCGUUUUCAAGGUGGAGCCAACACCUGAUGCUGUUUCGUGUUCACUGUUUACAUGUGACAAGUUUACUGAAAGCGUGAAUGAACCUCUGCUCUGUGCUGCUGUUGACUGCAUGUGUGUCUCUGGCGCCUCCAGCAGCAGCGGUGGCGUUGCGCCACUUGAGAGAGAGAGAAACUGCACUGGGUCUUUGUGGAUCCAGGUUCCAUGAAUGAAUGGACGAGAACCGGUGUCUGAACAGAGAAGGCGGCCGGAGGAGACUGCGGACAAUCCAACUUCACCCGAGCGUUGUGUAAAGUUUCGUUAAGAAGAAAAUCCAUCCACUGAGCUGCAGCUUUAAAGACCAGGGGACGGUUUUUCCUCGUAAUCCCACUCCUGCACCGAUCGAGCUUCACCAACAGACGUUGCUCGGUGAACGCUGGGAGGAUUUUUUUUUUCCUUUCACGCGUGCACACAGCAACAGGUCAUUUAGAGCACAGUCCAACCUGCAGCUGUGCUUCACUAGUCGUUAGACCAGCGUUAACUUUAGUUCGUGUGCACCGAGGGAUGCUUUUUGCCACUCUUUUCCGCGCAUUCGCCGUGAUAUGAACAGCAUUGUGCUCGCCGCCGAGCAGAUCCUCCAGUGUGAGCGCACUGCGUUUUAGAGGAGGUCGACCGUGGGAAUGAGAGGAAAAUGAAAAUGUGCUAAUUAAACAUUUUUCUGGCUGAUCAGCGCUGAGCCUUCCACACCGACAGACGGACCUGCGAGGAGCUGGAGUUGGUGCGGGAGAGGAUUUCGAGAAGGAUUGUAUGUUUAGAUGGUGCCAAACAAGUGGACCAUGAAUUCAGUUCUGCACAAAUCGCCACCAAGGAGCUGGCUUGGUCUCAGAUUACGCCUGAAUGAGAAGCCCGUCCAGGAGGACGAUGGGGUGGUGUGCCAACAUCCCGAGUGUCCUGAGCGGCGGAGGGCCUCUAAGGUUUGUCACCACCCAGACUGUCAAGACCUGAAUAGCAAAAGCCCCCUCCACCUGUGUGAGUCAUGUGACUCACGCUGCCAUUCAGAGAAUUCAGACAACAUGCACUUUGACCGGCACCCCCGAUUUGACUUGCAACCUCAAGCCUCCAUCCUGGCUCGGAACGUAUCCACACGCUCCUGUCCCCCACGGACCAGCCCCCCCUCGGACCUGGAGGAAGAGGAUGAAGGGAGCAGUGACCGUGGGGAGCGUAAAACAGUGGGGAUGAAGCUGGUGAAAAAGAAACCACGGAGACGACACACUGAUGACCCCAGUAAGGAGUGCUUCAGCCUCAAGUUUGACCUCAAUGUGGACAUAAAAACAGAAAUUGUACCUGCUAUGAAAAAGAAGACACUGCGAGAGGUUCUAGGUCCUGUGUUUGAAAGGAAUGGCAUUGAGUUGUCCCGGGUGGACUUGUUCCUCGAUCAGUCUAACACGCCACUGUCCCUCAACUUCGAGGCCUACCGUUUUGGAGGACACUACCUCAAAGUGAAAGCUCGGCCAGGCGAUGAGCUGAAGGUGGAGCAGGGCGUGAAGGACUUGCGGUCUCUCAGCCUGCCCAACAUGAAGCCGCCUGGAGUCCAGAGCCCCUACAUCCUCGCGCCAGGCAGUGAGAAGGUGGAGCAUGGAUCUCUCGGACGCCGCGAAAGCAUUGAUCUGUUGGGUCAGGCCCGACGGAGGAAGAACAUAACAGAGUUUCUGGGUGAGGCGAAUAUCCCAACCCCAGAUGCUCUGGGACAGAUCGGUGGCUCUCUACCUGCUGUAGGGGCUGGGCCCGACAGCUGGAAGAACCGUGCUGCCAGCCGCUUCAGUGGCUUCUUCAGUUCCAACGCUGGAGCGGGGUCUUUUGGCAAGGAGGUGGAUCGACUGGAGCAGCUCCAGAGCAAACUCCAGACCUACUCAUUGUUUGGAUUGCCAAAGGUGCCACGACAGCUCUCCUUCCACCAGGACUCCUGGGAGGAGGAGGAGGAGAUCGACCUAUCCCUAGAGGACAGCUGGCAAACGCUACUGGACAACUCAGAGACACUGACAAGACGCCAGUUCCACCAGCAGGAAGCAAUAUGGGAGCUGCUGCACACAGAGGCUACCUACAUAAAGAAACUCCGAGUCAUCACUGAUUUGUUCCUGUGUGGGCUGCUGAACCUGCAGGAGAGCGGCCUGCUGACGGAGGUGGAGCCCGCCAAGUUGUUCAGCAAUAUUCAGGAGAUCGUCCGCCUCCACACCUCCCUUUGGACCCAGGUCAUGCUGCCUGCCCUGAAGAAGGCUAGGCAAGCCCGGGCUCUGCUCGACCCCACUGACCUUCACCAUGGUUUCAGAACGUUUGGCACCAUGUUCAAGCCCUACAUCCGUUAUUGCAUGGAGGAGGAGGGUUGCAUGGAGUACAUGCGCACGCUUCUCAGGGACAAUGAGCUCUUCAGGACCUACGUCACGUGGGCAGAGACCAAUAAGCAGUGUAACCGUCUGAAGCUGGCCGACAUGUUGGCAAAGCCUCACCAGAGACUGACCAAAUACCCCCUCCUACUGAAGAUUCUUCUCAAGAAGACAGAUGAACCAGCAACCCGUGACAUUGUCAGCAGCAUGGUUGCCACAGUAGAGGGCUUUAUCAACAGCGUAGACUCCCAGAUGCGACAGCGUCAAGAACAACAGAAGCUCGCCACCAUCUCUGCCCGUAUAGACUGCUAUGAGGCUGUAGAGGGGAGCAGUGAAGAAGUGGAGAAGAUCCUCAAGGAGUACAACCACUUUGACCUCAUGGCUCCCAUGAGAGAUGUAUCUCCGGAAGAGACUCGACAGCUGCAUCUCGAGGGCGCGCUGAGGAUGAAGGAGGGCAAAGACAGUAGGAUGGAGGUCUAUUGUUUUCUGUUCACCGACCUGCUGCUAAUUACUAAGCCGGUGAAAAGAGUGGAGAAAGUCAAAAUUAUCCGUCAGCCUCUCCUUAUUCACAACGUCAUCUGUAAGGAACUCAAAGACCCAGGCUCUUUCAUCCUCAUCUACCUCAAUGAAUUCAAGAGUGCAGUGGCAGCAUACACUUUCCAAGCCAACAGCGCCACCCAGGGGCGAAGUUGGAUAGAUGCAAUCUGCAAUGUCCAGAACCAGCUCCAAAGGCUUCGCACUGAGGAGUUCCUCCGCCAGCAGGACAGUCAGAAGAGAUGUAUGGGGGAUGGAGAAGAGGAGGAGGAAGAUGAGAGCAGCAACUCCACUACAAGUUCCCCUUUGCUGAGUCACAAGGAUCAGCAAAACUCAAGUCAAUCAGACGGUUCCACUGAGACCCUAUCAGUGAUGGAUGUCGAUGAGCCCGGCGAGCACUCAGCAAUUCCUGCUUCCAACAUGAACCUCCAGGAAAGCGCUAAUAAAGACUUGGAUAGCGCUGUGGGUUCCCUUUCUGACAGGUCUGUGGGUCAGAAGUCGUCAAGUCCACUCAGAGUCCACUCCGCCAUCUACACUGAGCACAAUCAGGGCACGGGACCAGACAGUGAGGACCUGGACCCCCAGUGCCGCUCUCUUUCCAUGGACAGCGCCUACGGUACCCUCUCCCCUGAAUCCCUCCUAAGAGAACUGCAGCCACAGCCUGGCCAAAGUGAAGGCGAGGAGACUGAGGAGGAAGAGGGAGACAGGGAGAGUCAGGAGCCAGAGCACGAAGAGACAGAAUUAGAAGAAGUGGAUGAAGAAGAGGAAGAAGAAGAAGAGGAGGAUGCUUCAUUAGGGUCUCAGGUGUCAGUUGUCCAGUCCUCUAAACCUCGGCGGCGGCCUCAUGUACACCCCCGACUCCAUUGCCUCCUGGGGUUGUCCUCUCUGGCUCUAUCCCGCUCCGAAGACAACCUCCUGCAACACUUUCACGGUAACCACCCCAUCUCCCACACACACUCCCUCAGCUCUGAGACGCAGGACCAAUCGCUGUGCGGAGACAUGGACACGUCAAAGCUGUCGCACAGUAAGAGCAUGUCCGAGCUGGACCAGAACUCGUCAGUGGAAAACAAGGAGUUAUUUUCCACUGACCUCGACCAGUCUGACGAUUGCUUGAGCAUUAGCUUGCCCUCUGACAAACUCAGUGCCACCCUGAGGAGGGCGGAAGCCAGGCAUGGCCACGGGGCGCCCGAUGGACAAUGUGAGGAUAACGAUUCUCAGAGCAACAGCUCAGAUGGGGAAGUGACUCCUUCUGCCUGCUUAGAUAAGAAAGCCAAGUCAGCAGCGGCCGGUAACUCAGGGGAGGCAUCGCCCAAAAAGAGAAAAUCUCCAGGCCAACACAAGAAGCUGACGCUGGCUCAGCUGUACAGGAUACGCACCACUCUUGUCCUGAACUCCACACUGACAGCAUCGGAGGUAUAACAGCUUUUCCAAAUGCUGACUGGUGGCAUAUGGACAUUACAAGGAAGAAUCCCUAUUUUAUGAGGAUGGACUGAACACACAAAUGCACUCGCUCUCUUCCUGCCCUCUCCCUUCCUGUUGCUUUUUGGACAAUGACUGUCCCUUUUUUUUUAACAUCACAACAAUAGCAAUCCAUUUGUGUUUUUGAUUUUGCUGUUGCGUUGGUUUCCAAAUUACUCAAAUGGGAGGGAGGGGCAGAGAGAUAUUAACUGCUUGCACUUUGCAAUGGAAGUAGCAUUAAUGGGGGCUGGAACCUUAAGUUGGACUUUGGGGCGGAGUACGUAAGGAGCCCCUACAGACAGGAGGCAUCCCGGCGGAGGCCUUAAGACCUCAUUACUGCACUCCACACCAGAGAAAAGGUGGAGCAGAGUCCUGCACUUCUUCCUUCUCCUGAGGUGAAAAGAGGGAAAACUAAAUCUUGAAAAUCUUCUCUACACGUGGCUGAAUAAGAAAACGGCGCCUAAGACGAGCUCCUGAUACUUGUACUAGUCCUGGUUUGCUUCAGAAAAGUUAAAAAAAAUUGCACAGUUAUCUUUGUUAAGUAGAAGAAUCACUAAUGAGUGAAUUUACAUUUACAGUCACAAUGAAUUUUUAUUUGUACGUGUUUGCUGUAAAGACAUCUGUGUGUGACUGUGAAUGAAUGUCUACAUUUGACUUAUGAGUCCAAUCCUGACUGAACCAAAAUUGCUCCCGUUCUAUUACAAACACAAAGAUGGAAGACUUGUAGAGCUGGUAGAUUCCCAGCAAAAAAAAAUUAUUAAAUAAAUAAAAGUGCAAAAAGGCAAAGCAAGUCCAAAGCAGCCAAUCGCAUGUCAGCUCAUAAAGACUUGAUUCUUCUUUAUUUGAUUAUAGGUUGAACUAGUGAGAAGAUUUUCCUAAAAAAUAGACAGAACAUGGGUGACUAAAGCUGUUUUGUGGAAUUUUCUGCACUAUAUAAAGGCUUGGAUGGCUUACAAGCACACACAGGAACUGAUUUAUAGGAAAAACAAAAGGAGUGCACACGUGAUUGUGUUUCUUGCUAGAAAGAGGAGGCUAAAUAAAAAGUUUGGGGUGGUGACUCUCAUUUUAGAUGAAUGGUGUUCUCUGGGAGAUUUAAGGGGAAGAAAAACACAGUAAACGUAAGAUUCACACUGAUGUUUGGCUUUUCAGAUCAGUAAUUACCGACUUUACUCAAAAUGUUGCCCAAACCAAAUAAGUUAAGUGUUUAGUUUUUUGUGUGUUUAUGUAAUAUUUAUUAUGACUCAUUUGUU